AUGAAGGGGUUUCUCAUCCUAGACGAGGACAUGGGUUCGGCGUAUAAGGAGGAGUUUGAGCAAAAUAUGACCAAGUGGUUACAGGAUGGUUCCAUCAAGGGAGUGAUGAGUGUGACGGACGGCAUGGAUGCUGCGGCCACGGGCUUGGUGGGCAUGUUGACCGGACAGAACUUUGGCAAAGCCAUCUUGAAGAUAGCGGAUCUUAAUUGUUAA